AUGUCACUGCAGAAUAACCUGUAUGAUGACGGGGGCGGCGGCGGCGGCAAAAGUGGUCAGCUGAACUUGACUGCGGAAAAUGCUUGGGACAACGACUUCAUAAUGCCCAAACGGGAUCCUCUGUACAUAGUCGUGCCCAUGACCAUAAUGUACUCUGUGAUAUUCGUGACGGGCGUCAUAGGCAACUCGAUCACCUGCAUGGUGAUCGCCAAACACAAAUACAUGCACACGGCCACCAAUUACUAUUUGUUCAGUUUAGCCGUGUCCGAUCUCAUACUACUGGUGUCCGGGUUACCGCAGGAAAUGUGGUCCAUUUGGUCCAGAUAUCCAUACGUAUUCGGCGAAAUAUUUUGUCAACUCCGAGGUCUGUUUUCGGAAAUGUCUGCCAAUGCAACCGUACUUACCAUAACCGCGUUCACGGCCGAGCGGUACGUGGCUAUUUGCCACCCAUUCAUGGCGCAGAGCAUGUCAAAACUUUCCAGAGCAGUAAAACUUAUCAUCAUCAUAUGGCUGGUCGCUGUGUUGUUUGCCAUACCCCAGGCUUUGCAAUUCACCGUCUCGUCGUGGAACGGUUCGUCGGAACUGAUGCAGUGCAAUAUCCGGAUCAUACCUCUGAUGGACACAGACAUUCAACUGUCAACCGUGUCGUUCACGCUGUCCACGCUGCUGUUUUUCUUGCUGCCAAUGACAGUGAUCACUGUACUUUACGCACUCAUCGGACUUCGCCUCCGUCGCUCCGACAAGUUGAAACGCACCAUCACGGUGCGAUCGACCCACGGGGAGAAAAAAAUGUCGUCGCCCGAGUACAGGGCCAACUCGUCGCCUAAAGUCCUCAAAAUGCUAGUGGCCGUUGUGGUGGCAUUUUUUAUCUGCUGGGCUCCCUUUCACGCGCAAAGGCUUAUCGCCAUAUUCGGGUCCAGUCACGCAUCGUCCGGUAACUUGGACGUGGAGGACAUACCGUUUCUCCAUCAGCUGUACGGCAUUUCCACUUACAUCUCCGGCGUGCUCUACUACGUGUCCACCACCAUCAAUCCAAUACUGUACCAUAUCAUGUCACUGAAGUUCCGUGGAGCUUUCAAGGAAACGGUGUUACGGUGUUGUGGUGGCGACAGCGGCUGCAGUAGUGACGACGGAUGGACCGGAAGCGGUCAACGGCGUCCGUCGCGGUGGGCGCGGAGGAGGCUGCGCAGCGACUCGUCCGAACCGGCGACCGACGACCGCCGACCAAAGUAUAGGCGCGUGUCCGGGCGGGCGACAUCGUCCGUCGAGCUACCCGCCGACGACGACGACGAAGUCGUUUGCAGUGGCGACAGUCAUCACGUCCCCGGCGCCGGACUCGCCGACUGUUGGCGGAGAGCGCUGACGGGCUCGGCGGAGGGCGGAAAUGCCAAACGACACAAAGGCAGCAGCUGUUACAGCGCGGGAAGUGGCGGCGGAGGUAGUGGCGGCCGUGGCCCCGACGACGACGAUGAAAGCUCUACUACGUCCGCGCCGCUCGGUGGACCGCGGGGACCGCGUCUGGUGAAAGUGCCGCCGGCGAUAGCGCUCAGCAACUGGACCGUUAUCAGCAACAGCAGCCUCAAGGACGUGGACGGCGACGACCUGCGCGACGAGCUCGUCGGUUACGCGGCAGACGAGUCAGUGGCGAUCGCCGGCGGCCGAAACGGCGUCGCCGGUGAGUAUUAUUGA